UGGGCAGCCGCUCCGGUGGCUCCUGUAACAGCGUCACUCUUUGCCUGAUCUCCACACAGUCAAAACUGUGAGUUUGUAGCUAAUGCGAGAUUUCAGAAAAAAAAAACUCCACUCAAAUCCCCGGUGGAUGAAUUUAAAUGGACCAGGCUGAGCUUUCUUACCCAAAACUUUUUUUCUUUUCACUCAACAUUUGGACGUUCUUAUCCUGGAUUAAUGAGAUCACGCCGCAGCCGCAAUUACCGCCGUUUGCGCCUCUGCGGACGCUUUGGAGACGUUCUUCAGGGAUCAUGCUGUUGAAGCCAGGAGAACUUUUAUGAACAUUUGUGCCAUUAUAAGCGUGGAGACAUGGAGAACCAACGCUGCCUUUUGAACAAUGCCAGGCCAGAACUACAAACAAUGAAAAGUAAGCUGUGAUGAAUUUCUAUGAUUUAGUGAGGGAAACUGUGUCAACCUUUCAUGACGAGCAGACGGAUAAUGAGAAUACAAAGUGCACUUCCUUUGGCUUUGUUAACUCUAAUGCGACUGAGUUAAGCUGGUGAAGGAUGGAAGGCAACCUGAGCACCCCGACAUCCAUAGUGGGCAACAUGACCAAGCCUCCGUACCACGAUGCGGCGGGGCCCUGGAGCCUCAUCGUCCUGACCCCCAUCAUUCUGACCAUCGUCGUGGGCAACCUGCUGGUCAUCAUGGCCGUGGCGCGCACCCCCCAGCUGCAGACCACCACAAACAUCUUCAUCAUGUCCCUGGCGUGUGCGGACCUCAUCAUGGGCGUGUUCGUGGUGCCGCUGGGGGCCACCAUCGUGGUGACGGGCAACUGGCAGCUCGACAAGACCUUCUGCGAGUUCUGGACGUCCGUGGACGUGCUGUGCGUGACGGCGAGCAUCGAGACGCUCUGCGUCAUAGCCGUGGAUCGGUACGUGGCCAUCACCAGGCCGCUCCGGCACAAGGUCCUGCUCAGCAAGUGCCGCGCCAGGGUCAUGGUGUGCGUGGUGUGGGUCGUGUCCGCCCUGAUUUCCUUCGUGCCAAUCAUGAAAGGCUACUGGCGCGCAGAGGAGGACCCCGAGGCACAGAAAUGCUACAGUGAACCCUCAUGCUGCGACUUUGUGACCAACUGGCCCUUUGCUGUGAUAUCCUCUAUAGUUUCUUUUUACAUUCCACUGGUCAUAAUGAUAUUUGUGUACGCGAGGGUCUUCCUAAUAGCAACGCGGCAGGUCCAGCUCAUAGACAAGAACCGCCUGCGCUUCCAGAACGAGUGCGCGGCCGCGCCGCCGCAGGCCGGGCCCCACGUCAACAGUCUGCUGCCGCGCACGGGCUCCGGCGCCGGGACGCGGCGGAAGAGCUCCAAGCGGAGGCCGUCGCGGCUGAUGCUCGUCAAGGAGCACAAGGCCCUCAAGACUCUGGGGAUCAUCAUGGGGACCUUCACCGUGUGCUGGCUGCCGUUCUUCGUGGCCAACAUCAUCAACGCGUUCAACAGAGACGUCCCCUCCGAACGGAUUUUCCGCCUGCUCAACUGGCUGGGCUACAUCAACUCCGGCCUCAACCCCAUCAUCUACUGCAGGAGCCCCGAGUUCCGUGCUGCGUUCAAGAGCCUGCUGGGCUGCCCGUGCCUCCCCGCCACGCAGCUCAAUGCCUUGUAUAAGGAGCUGCAGACGCGCUGCUCCUGCUUUCUUUGGCAGGCCGAGUCGGGCACGGCCGGCUCCUUCCAGAAGUCUCCGAGCGGCGGGGCCCAGAGGAACGAGAGCCUGUCCAGCACACACGGCAGCAGCAGGAGCGAGGAGGCUUUGCCCCUGAGCUCCAACGGCAGCACACAGUUCAGUGACUUAUCACAGCCAGAAACCAAAUUCUUCACGUUGCAGGAAAAGGAAGGAUGAGCCGGAAAAUGCCAAGCUACUGAGGGAACCACCGUCACUGUGAUUCACGCAAAGGCUGAGGCCCGGGCGGCAGCCAGGACGAGACGCCCGGCGCUGACAAACCCAAAGCCCAAGGAGACGACUGGAUUGAACGCAGAGGAACGACGGCCGCAGCCCAGCGCCGUCAGACUGAAGAGUCUCUGCUCCAGGAUGAGAUCAUAUUUAACUGCAUUAAAGAGGCCUUUCGGACACAGACAAACUGAUAGCAUGAACUCAUUUUGUACAGUGUGUUAUCUGAUAAAUUAUCUAUUUAUAAUAUAUACCUUGUGUCACUUACAGAACAACACGACCCGAAUCUGGGCCUCGUCGUCCAUGUUCAGUAGAACAACAUUGGUUUUCAGCAUUCAGCCUCUCAUUUCUGUUUGUCUUAAUGUUUUCUGUUAUGAGCCCAGCGUCUGCAUGCGCACAAUAGGUAUUUUACUAAACUCUGCUCAAUGGUAUUUUAUAUUAUGGCUAUACAACAUGGCUGUCUUACAUGCAGACGUCACAAACUAAAGCCUGAUCAACACAAGCAGUCGGUGCAAAGGUACAGUAUUAUGAACUCCGGGGAAACACGUGCUGUUAGCCACGUUACCAGACAAAGUGUCAGCAGGAAAAAUAAUGGAAUUAAUGUCAUUCAUUAGUUUGCUGCGUUGGGGCAUGUUGUUGCGUUAUCACCUACAGAUCACCACCACCUGCUGCAUUAAGAAUAAAGAAUAAAACUGUGACACAUCUGAACGCUCA